AUGUUGAACAUGAAGACUGAUAACAACAGCAACAACAUGAACCCAAAUAAUCCUUAUUGUAAUUCCAAUCUGUUUCAGCUUUUGCUUCAGCCUAGCCACCACCACAGCCAUGUGAGUGGUUCACCCAUUAGCAGAGCUUCUCUGCAGUCUGAGUUUUCAUCUUCAAGUUCUUACUCAAAUGGGUUUUAUUCCUCUGGGGACAGCUCUCCUUAUUCUCCAUUUGAGGAGGCUAAGUGUCAUGCACCUCUUAAGCAUUACAUGAAUGUAGGAGGGCUGUGGUUGGACUCCAAGCUACAGGAGUCUCAUUUCAAUGAGAUUUUGGGGGAUGAUCUGGGUUUGGCUGAGAGUUUUUACAGAAUGAAUAUUGGGGAUGAGUAUGAGGGUGGUGGUGUUAAGAGGAGGGGGUUUGAAAGAGACCCAAAUGGGUUUGGGCUUGGUGGUGGUGGUGGUUUCUUAGGGGGUAAUGUUCCUUGGGGUGUUGAGAACUAUGGGUUGUUUGAAAGUUCUAGGAAUAAUAUGCUUGAUGUUGAAGCUUUUCAGUCCUCUCAUUAUGGUGGUAGGGGUGGUUUUAAUGGUUAUGUGGAGCCUGAGUUUCUUGGGUUGGGGCCAGAAUAUGUUGUUGGUGAUUCAAUGGGGGGUAUUCUAAAUCAUAUGCAGCAAGCUAGUGCUUUGUGUUGUGGUCCUAGUGGUGUGAAGAACCAAAUGGAGUACAUGUUGGAGCAAAGAAAGGAGCUGAGAGAUGAUUGGUAUAACAGGAAUGUUCAAGUAGAGAAUCUCGCCAGACCUUACCUUGAUGAUGCAUUUAUUUACUCACAGCUAUGUGGAACAGAUUCUCAUGGCGGUAAGGGUCUUAUGUAUCCGAUGAGCUCCCCUCAGUUCCCCUCGGUUGCUCAGCUGUGCGUGGAUAAUGGCUCACAUAAUUAUCAUCCAGUGAUAAAACAAAGGACUAGAGGAAACCCAACUAGGAAAUGUGCAGGGCACCCAGAGGGUUUUAGAGGUGAGGAUAGUCUUGCUGUACAAGGAAAACAUUUACAUCAUGGUGUCACUAAGGGUUGCAAGUCUUCAAAGGCUAACAAGAAGAGCUCUUGCAGUAAGAUGGCAAUGAGGACAGAAGGAGAGAAAAGCUCUAGACUAGAUUUGGAUUCAUACAAUGGAGGAAAUAGUGGAAAUGAAUGUAGUCAGACCAGUAAUGACUCCCUGAAGUCAGUGCUUGCUUUGGGUUCACUGACUGAUGUCCAGGGAUACAUAUACUUCCUAGCAAAGGAUCAGCAUGGUUGCCGCUUCUUACAGAAAAUGCUCGAUGAGGGAACCCGCCAAGAUGUGCAACUGAUAUUUGAUAGGAUUAUCAAUCAUGUUCUUGAACUUAUGACAGACCCGUUUGGCAAUUACCUCAUGCAAAAGUUCUUGGAUAUGUGUAAUGAACAGCAAAGAAUGCAGUUUGUACUCAAGGUGACCAAAGAACCAGGACAGCUUGUGACAGUUUCCUUGGACACACAUGGUACUCGUGUGGUGCAGAAGUUGAUCGAGACUGUGGAUAAUGGGAAACAAGUGUCUUUGAUCAUAGCAUCCCUUGAAUGUGGGUUUCUUAAUCUAAUUAAGGAUCCAAAUGGCAAUCAUGUGGUACAGCGUUGCUUGGACUGCUUCAGCAUCGAAGCAAACAGGUUUAUAUUUGAUGCUGCUGCAAGAUUUUGUGUUGAGAUUGCAACUCAGCGUCAUGGAUGUUGUGUGCUACAAAAAUGCAUUGCACAUGCCAGUGGGAGACAUCGAGAUAAGCUGCUCACUGAAGUUUCAAGGAAUGGGCUUAUUCUUUCCCAGGAUCGUUAUGGAAACUAUGUUGUUCAGUAUGUCUUAGAGCUGAAGAUCCCAUCUGUCAUGGCCAGAUUGAUCUCUCAGUUGAAGGGACACUUUGUACUCCUCUCCAUGCAGAAAUGCAGUAGUCAUGUAGUUGAAAAGUGCCUCAAGCACUAUGAAGAAAGCCGAGUGAAAGUCAUACAUGAAUUGCUUUCAGUUUCUCACUUCGAACAGCUGUUGCAAGACCCUUACGCUAACUACGUGAUUCAAUCUGCUCUUUCUGUUACCAAGGGCCCUCUUCAUGCUGUACUGGUUGAAGCAGUUACGCCUCAUACUAUCUUACGCCACAGCCCAUACUGCAAGAGGAUUUUCACAAAGGACCUCCUGAAGAAGUGA